AUGACACACGCCAAGAAAAAGCACACUCCUCUAGUUCAAAAACAUGGACUACAUGAGGCUACUGGAAGUCCUAUUGAUGUCUCCCAUUAUAGAAGCAUUGUGGGAAGCCUGCAGUACUUAACACUCACUAGACUAGAUAUAAAUCAUGCAGUCAAUCUAGCUAGUCAAUUUAUGCAGAGUCCUAACAAUGAGAAUCUUCAAGGAGUCAAGAGAAUACCCAGGUACAUUAAAGGAACCUCGCAUCAUGGACUCAGGAUCAUCUCACAGUCCCCUUAUCGAUUGUAUGGCUAUUCUGAUGCAGACUGGGGGAUGAGGGGUUGUCCUACUACAAGGAGGUCUAUUACAUGCUAUAGCAUAUACCUUGGUGCAAACUAUAUCUCUGGGGUAUUUAAGAAGCAAACUACAGUAGCUAGGUCCAAUAUUGAAGCUGAAUGUAGAGCUUUGACAGCCACUAUAACCGAAAUGACCAGGAUCAUUUAUACUCUGCAUGACAUUGGAGUUUAUCUUAAGAUAGUGCCUACCUUAUUUUGUGACAAUUUGAGUGCUCUAUAUAUGACGGGAGAUUCAUUCAGUAGCAUGCUAGGACCAGAAAUGGACUACCAUUAUGUUUGA